AAUGCUGGUUGGAGUUACUUUUCUCUGCAGUUAGCGGGUUUGAAACAUUUUAUUUGCAUCCAUUCCUGUGGAAGUAUGGCUGGUGACUGAGCCCUGAAAAGAUUCCAGUGCAUACUUAGAUCCAGACAGUCACAUCUGCGUACAGUGCAGCUGAGAAGCAAACGUCGUACCACAUUCAGCCAGCCAAUAAAGGACUUGUGAGGCCUGCCUUGCUGUCACACCCUGGAGCUCAGGAAAAGGACAUGAUUCAGACUGUUCCAGACUCAGCGGCUCAUUUCAAAUGAGGACGUCAGUAGACAUCAACUGAAUGGAAAGACCAGAUUGCUGAUGUUGACCAUGACACCCGCUGUUGGAAAAAACCUGCCUUCUACACGGCAACAACAGGAAGCAUUAUCAGUAGUCAGUGAAGAUCAGUCCUUAUUUGAGUGUACCUACACUACACCACACCUAGCCAAGACGGAAAUGACAGCUUCCUCGUCAAGUGAUUAUGGACAGACUUCGAAAAUUAGCCCACGGGUUCCUCAGCAGGAGUGGUUAUCACAGCCACCAGCCAGAGUGAACAUCAAGAUGGAGUACAAUCCUAACCAGGUCAAUGGAUCCAGAAACUCACCAGAACAUUGCAGCGUAGCCAAAGCAGGGAAGAUGGUCAGUGGCUCAGAGAACGUUCCAAUGAGCUACAGUAACUACAUGGAGGAGAAGCAUGUCCCGCCUCCCAACAUGACAACUAAUGAGCGGAGAGUGAUUGUGCCAGCAGAUCCUACACUGUGGUCCACAGAUCAUGUGAAACAAUGGCUGGAGUGGGCAGUGAAGGAGUACGGCUUGAUUGACGUCGAUGUGCCGCUCUUCCAGAAUGUUGAUGGCAAGGAGCUCUGCAAAAUGACCAAAGAGGAUUUUCAGCGCCUCACCCCAAGCUACAAUGCUGACAUCCUUCUGUCACACCUGCAGUACCUCAGAGAGAUGUUCCUCAGGUUUUCCUCUCCUGCCUGUGGCCAAGGAAAUAGCCAUCACCAAAAAGCACCACUUCCUCAUUUGACUUCAGAUGAUGUCGAUAAAGCCUUGCAAAACUCUCCGCGUCUGAUGCACGCCAGAAACACAGGGGGUGCAACAUUCAUUUUUCCAAAUCCAUCAGUUUAUCCUGAACCAACCCAGAGACUGACAGUGAGACCUGAUCUGCCUUAUGAUGCAACCAGACGAUCAGGGUGGGGAAGUCAUGCUGGAGUUCCGCCAAAGGGAACCCCUUCCUCAAAUGUGACCAAAGUAGAAGACCAGCCUCGACAACCAAUAGCAGAUCCCUAUCAGAUUCUUGGGCCAACAAGCAGCCGACUUGCAAACCCAGGGAGUGGUCAAAUUCAGCUGUGGCAGUUCUUGCUGGAGCUUCUGUCGGACAGCUCCAAUGCCAACUGCAUUACCUGGGAAGGGACCAACGGAGAAUUCAAGAUGACUGACCCAGAUGAAGUUGCAAGACGUUGGGGAGAGAGGAAAAGCAAGCCCAACAUGAACUACGACAAGCUGAGCAGGGCCUUGCGUUAUUACUACGACAAGAACAUCAUGACCAAAGUCCAUGGCAAGCGCUAUGCUUAUAAGUUUGACUUCCAUGGGAUUGCACAAGCCUUGCAACCCCACCCACCUGAGUCUUCUGUGUACAAGUACCCAACAGAUAUUUCAUACAUGAGCUCCUAUCAUGCGCAUCAGCCAAAGAUGAAUUUUGUGGCUCCCCAUCCUCCUGCUCUACCUGUGACAUCAUCUAGUUUCUUUGCAGCUCCAGGUCCAUACUGGAAUUCUCCCACUGGAAGUAUCUACCCAAAUGCCAGACAUCCUGCCACCCAUAUGCCACCUCAUCUUGGCACAUACUAUUGAACAACGCUCAAAUUUUCGAUUAAGACUUGGGUUACUGCUCUGGGAAUGCAACACUGUGUUACUAACUAUGGACUUUUUUUAAUUGGAGAAAUAAAACCAAAGUUUAGACUCUAGCUAUACACAAAUACUGAAGAUAAGUCUCGAAUACUGGAAGAGAUAAAACCGUGUGUUGACUAAUUAGAAGCAAACUUGAUACAUAUCUGUGGAAGUUUGGAGUUAAGUUACUGAAAGAGCAGUAUUUUAUAAAGAGCACAUGCUAUAAGACAAAGAAUUAAGGAUCAGGUACCUGAUCGCUGUUGACAAUCAGGAAGAAAUAAGUGUUACAUGGAAUGCGAUAUUGAGAGUAAGGAAUUUGAGAAGGAAAGAUCAACACACAGCAAAAUAAAACCAAUGUUAAAAUUAUAUAAAAGUAGGAUCUUACCGACGAGAGACUUGACAUGUAACUUCUUGGAUGUUCCUCAGUAGUUAAACUCUUGC